AUGGCUCUUCCUUGCUGCACGUUUGCUCGUCUCUCUGAUUCCGAUAGAGCCCGAAAUGAAGCGAAUAAGCAAAUUGAGAAAUUGAUCGAAAAAGAAAAAAGAAAUUUUCGCUCAACCCAUCGACUUCUCCUCUUAGGUGCCGGAGAAAGUGGAAAGUCUACGAUUGUGAAACAAAUGCGCAUCCUGCAUAUCGAUGGAUUUUCAGAUGCAGAAAAAAAGGAAAAAAUCGUGGACAUCAGAAAAAAUUUACGCGACGCAAUUUGCGCAUUUUUUGUUAAAUGCGCACAAAUAUGGAAAGACGAAGGCGUACAAGAAUGCUAUGAGCGCUCAAAUGAAUACCAACUGAUCGACUGCGCCAAAUAUUUCUUGGAGCGAACAGCAGAACUGGGCAAACCGGAUUACAUACCUACUGAGCAAGACAUUCUCCGAUGUCGUGUUCUCACGUCAGGCAUCUUUGAAACCAAGUUUACGGUCGACAAAGUCCAAUUCCACAUGUUCGAUGUCGGUGGCCAAAGAGAAGAACGGCGAAAGUGGAUCCAAUGCUUUAAUGACGUGACUGCAAUCAUUUUUGUGGCCGCUUGUUCCUCCUACAACAUGGUUCUUCGGGAAGACCCUAACCAAAACAGAGUCCGGGAGUCGCUUGAACUUUUGGGCUCUAUUUGGAACAAUAGGUCAGAUAUAGUUGAAUUUUAUUAUUUCAUAAUGUCUGCCGCGUUUUAUCGUUUGAAUUUUUCAUUCGAACAUUUAGCUGUUAUUUUUCUUCACAUACUAUCUCCUAUUUCCUAUUUAUUCACAAAAACAUACAGCCGUGGGCCGCUUUGUAAGGAGUAUUAA